AAAAACUAAUGAUACUAUGAGCAUCCCCUACAUGUCAGAAUAUAUAUCCAAUAGCAGCACUAGGUGACUCAAUGAACCUGUAAACAAGCACCACUUAUUGAACUGAAAGAACAAAUCAGAAUCGAAGGGUAGUGGACUCAAUAGUGCUUAAAUCAAAGCCUCGGUCAACUUCUCCUUUUACGAUUGAUGGCUCUCCCAAGCACCAAGAUGCCUGUGGUGUUUUACUCCAUGGUGUUGCUGAUCAUCAACAAUUGCAUUGAAGCAGUUUCGGUGAGAGGAGAUUAUCACAGAACUGGAUUCCAUUUCCAGCCCCUUAAAAACUGGAUGAACGAUCCAAAUGGGCCAAUGUACUACAAUGGAGUAUACCAUCUGUUCUACCAGUACAAUCCCAAUGGCACAGUGUGGGGUAACAUAGUGUGGGCGCACUCAGUGUCCAAGGAUCUGAUAAACUGGAAUGGCAUUGAACAUGCUAUUUAUCCAUCAAAGCCCUUUGACAAAUUUGGCUGCUGGUCAGGGUCUGCUACCAUAAUCCCUGGUAAGGGGCCCGUGAUCCUCUACACUGGAGUUAUAGACGAAAAUAACACUCAAGUGCAAUGCUAUGCCGAACCAGAAGACCCAAAUGACCCACUUCUUCGGAGAUGGGUGAAACCAGACAAGCUCAACCCAGCUGUGGUAGAUAAAGAUGUUAACCACACUGAAUUUCGUGACCCCACAACAGCUUGGUGGGGCAAGGACGGUCACUGGAGGAUGCUGGUGGGCAGUGUAAGGAAGCGCAGAGGAAUAGCUUAUCUAUACAGGAGCAAGGACUUCAAGACAUGGGUUCGGGCCAAACACCCUAUCCAUUCCAAGGGUGGUACGGGUAUGUGGGAGUGCCCCGACUUUUACCCAGUUUCAGUUAUAGGAAAUGUAGUGGGGAAUCCAGUGAAACAUGUGUUGAAGAACAGCCUUGAUGAUACUAAGUUCGAUUACUAUACUGUGGGGACCUAUCUGGAGGAUAAGGAUAGGUAUGUGCCUGACAACACUUCAGUGGAUGGUUGGGGUGGACUUAGGUAUGAUUAUGGCAACUUCUAUGCUUCCAAAUCAUUUUUUGACCCCAGCAAGAACAGGAGGAUCUUAUGGGGUUGGGCAAACGAGUGUGAUAAACCGAUAGACAAUUUUCGGAAAGGAUGGGCAGGAAUUCAGGCAAUUCCACGAACUGUGUGGCUCGAUUUUACUGGGAGACAAUUGGUGCAAUGGCCUGUUGAAGAGUUAAACAGUCUCAGAGGCAAAGAAGUUAACAUAGACAAUCAAAGGCUUGAGAAGGGAGAUUAUAGUGAAGUAAAAGGAAUCACUGCUGCCCAGGCAGAUGUUGAAGUUACGUUCUCCUUUUCAAGCUUGGACAAGGCAGAGGCAUAUGAUCCUAAGUGGGUAAAGGCGCAGGAUCUAUGUGCCCAAAAGGGUUCAAAACUACAGGGUGGGGUUGGACCGUUUGGACUUCUGACUUUGGCUUCUCAAAAUCUCGAAGAGUUCACUCCUGUGUUUUUCAGAGUUUUCAAAAGUCCAAAUAAGCAUAUUGUUCUCUUAUGCUCUGAUGCGAGAAGUUCAUCUUUGAAGAGUGAUCUGUACAAACCGCAAUUUGCUGGGUUUGUAGAUGUGGAUUUGGCCGCGGAUAAGAAGAUUUCUCUUAGGAGUUUGAUUGAUCACUCAGUUGUGGAGAGUUUUGGAGCAGGAGGGAAGACAAACAUUUUGUCCCGAGUCUAUCCCGAGCUAGCAGUGAUGAACCAAGCGCACUUGUUUGUGUUCAACAAUGGUACUGAACCAAUCGUAGUGCAAAACCUCAAAGCUUGGAGCAUGAUAUCUGCUGAUAUAAAAUGAUCAGCCUGAAGCAAUUGAAGUCCAAGUUAGUUAGGUGGUUACUGGUACAUAUGCCAGGGUGGGUGGAACUCAGACAUAUCAUUAGUUAGUUUUUAAUUCCUCUUGGUUAGUUACGCAUGUAAACAGUGAGAUACUUUUCUUUAUAAAUACCUUUAUGCAAUGAGAAUCGUUUUCUUCAUUCAA